UCUACAACCAAGAAGAGAUAUGCCACACAAAAGAGCUAAAAAGAGUGUUAGAGAUAAGAAUACAAAAGAAAGUGGAUUCAAUAACGCACCAUCUGGGUAUAGAAUUGAUAAUGAACAGCUACCAAAAGGUGCUAUGAGGAUAUUAAUGGGUGGAAAGAUACAAGAGCAGUUUAGAGAGCGUAAAAGACAAAGGACAGAUGAAUCAGAUAAUAAAGAAGACAAAGAUUUGAAAAUCAGACCAGAUGAGCGUCUAAAAGAUUUCAAUAGACGUAUAGACAACAAAAUGCGUAAAGAUAUCAACACUUCAAUCAAGUCUAACACAUCUGAGAAGGCAGCGAAGAGAAUGAACAAGAUAAUUGAGAAGGAACAAGAAAAGGAGAAACAAAAGAAAAGAGCUGCAGAGGAGCUAAAGGCCCACCAGGAAGCUCAAGCGGAGGAGGAUGAUUCUGAGGAGGAACGCCCAGAGAGAGACUUUGAAGUUGCUGAUCAAAGGCGAAGCUUGAAUGAUGUUGCACAAGCACCACCUACAUUACCACGUAUGAAGAGACAAGCGAAAAGGUUUGGCGUUGAGGAUUCAAGUGCAGGAUCAAGAGUCGGUGCCCCAUUGAUGCGUCAAAUGGAGUUAGAGAAGGAAAGAGAUAGGGUUAUUAACCUCUAUCGCCAGCAGAAGGGUAAGAGACUCGAAAGUUGGGUCACAAAUCGAGAAAAGGAUGAGCAGUAAGGGUGUCAACGGAUAAUAGCAACUCAACGCGACUUUUAAUGUUCAUUUAUCGUUAACAAUAUCAUCAACUUCACUUGUAGCCUUAUUUAUGAAAUUAUAGAAAUCUUUUUGAAGGAAUUCACCUUCACUGUUGAAUAAAUCUGGGUAUGGUAUUGAAGAUAACGUCUUCUUAGCGUUUAUGAGUGACUUUCCACCAUUAGCUGUUCUCCUGUAGCUCAACUUCACUUCAUACUUUGGUUGUACUGUCUUGUCUUUUGUUGAUGAUGCAGGUAUUGUUGUUGAUCGUAUUUGAACGG